GCACCAUCCGUCCCAAUGGCCUCGUGGGCGGAGCUUGCGUAGCCUCCCGGACCCCGGCGCGCACCGCCCCCCGCCCCCAGCCCCUGGCCAUCGAGCGUCUCCGUGGACACGCACUUCCUGCGAGGCCUCCGUGCGCACCUUGGCCGAGCCGAACCGAGCCGAACCGAGCCGAGCCCUGUCCUUCCAGGCUGUUCGCAAUGGUGGAUGAGCUGGUGCUGCUGCUGCACGCGCUCCUGAUGCGGCACCGCGCCCUGACCAUCGAGAACAGCCAGCUCAUGGAACAGCUGCGGCUGCUGGUGUGCGAGAGGGCCAGCCUGCUGCGCCAGGUACGUCCGCCGAGCUGCCCGGUGCCCUUCCCCGAAACGUUUAAUGGCGAGAGCUCCCGGCUCCCCGAGUUUAUCGUGCAGACAGCGUCUUACAUGCUCGUGAACGAGAACCGAUUCUGCAACGACGCCAUGAAGGUGGCAUUCCUAAUCAGUCUCCUCACCGGGGAAGCUGAGGAGUGGGUGGUGCCCUACAUCGAGAUGGAUAGCCCCAUCCUAGGUGAUUACCGAGCCUUCCUCGAUGAGAUGAAACAGUGCUUUGGCUGGGAUGACGACGAAGACGACGACGACGAGGACGAAGAGGAUAAUUACUAGGCCCUCGGGCCUCGGGGGGAGGGCCCUGCACGCCGUCACCCCCUCCCCGCAGCCCUCACCCCGCCAGGAGCCACUGCUCUCCCCCUUGCCCUCCGGUCCCCUUCCCUACCCGCGCCCGUCUGCUCUUUCUUCAUUUCUCCGUAGUGCUUGUCUUUGUUCCAGGAAUAGCGCUCCAGUUACCUGCUGCUGGGGUUGGGGCUGGAGCCUCACUCACUCGGAAGUGCUUGGAAGUGUCAUCUACCCUGGCCAUCCCGGGGAUCCCUCCCCUGCUAAUCUGAACUGUGUCCUGAACCCCAGCUAUUGGCCAGGCCCCUGUUACAAACUGCGCAGACCACCCAUAGCCCUGCUGCUGCCACCUGCCCUGCUGCCAGGCUUACAUCUGCCCAGAGAACUAUGCUGCCACUUCACAUCCACUCACCACAUCCCACCUACAGACUACCGCCUUUCGAGAUCAGGACCAACCUGGAAAAUGCCAGAGUUGGCUCUGCCUCUUCGGACAUUGAUUUGGACAGCUCACCAACCCCUGAAGAGGCCAGUCAUUCAGCCUGGUUAGUUUUCUACCUACUCCGAGUGUCCUCCCCUGCCAUACCAGAUUGCUGCAGGGGCGCGGUGUGCCUGACAGCCAAAUUGUUGAUAUUUCUUUUUUCCUAUGCACUGGUUUUACACAGCUGUCAUUUUUCUUUCAAAAUCGCAGCAGUCCCACAGAUGUAUGCAUUUGGACAAAUAGUACUAAAAACAAAACAAACAAGCACUCAGCCCAGCUCCUCAAUACUACCUGGAAAAAGCAUUGGCAUUAUUUUCAAUAAAUAUCAAGCACUAAAAA